AUGCAACAAGGUACAGUGUACAUCCUGCACUUUGCCCAGUCGAACAUUGAAUUCCGCGUGCCCGAGUUCGACGCGUGUGCCAGCUACUUGAGCAUUCCGUACGAAUUUCUUCCUACUCCAGCACGCCCAGGAAUGGGCGCUGCGAGUGCACACGACGCACGCCGUCCGUUCAUGCUGUGCAGACUGCCGAACGACGGGGCUGUCCAAGCAUUGAUGCGCCGGUGCUCGUGCCUGCGCGCAGGAUGGGAGCUUUGGGCAUGUGCAGAUACGUACGGAGAGCUGCAUUCCCGAAACAAGGCCGCGAAAUGUUACGAAAAAUGGCUUCCUGCUACCUAUACAUGGAAAGCGCUUAUGCAGGGAUUCAACGCUGCGAUUUCCAACGCGCGGCGCCUUGAUUUGAUCAACUCCUUUUCUUACAUGAAGUUCGAAGGAGAGAUUCGCAUGAAGGGCUCAGACAUCACUUGGGGUGUACUUGAAGAAUAUGCGCGCGUGCCGCUUGGCACGACGCAAAAAGGACCCAAAGAGGCCAUAGGAGAUACAGACCCACGCUUGGUCGAGCUUUUUCUCGGCCGCAAGAUCAAGGACCGGUCGGGUGCGCUGCCCGCGCGCGAUCUUAUUGACCAGCUCAGUUUGAAAAAGCGCAAGUAUAUUGGCAAUACGAGUAUGGAAAGCGAGAUGAGCGUGAUUAUGGCCAACAUGGCACAGGUUGGCCCCGCAAAACUCAUCUAUGAUCCGUUCGCAGGUACUGGAUCAAUGCUUUAUGCAUGCUCGAUGCUAGGUGCAAUGUCAUUCGGCAGUGAUAUCGACGGAAGGAUGCUCCGUGGACGCAACGAAGAUUGCACAGGGCUCGCGCUUGCUGCCGAGCAGUAUGGUAUCCGCGGUAGGAUUGUGGAUGGCGCAGUAUUUGACAUCACGCAGUCGCCAUGGCGCUUGCCAUUCCGUGCAGGCGGCGGCGGCAUAUUUGAUGCAAUUGUCACAGAUCCGCCGUAUGGUGUGCGCGCGGGUGCGAAACGCCUGGGAAAGCGCGAUAUUACGCAGCAACGCGAUGAACCGUUUAUUAUGGCGGACGGGACGCCCGCACAUGUAUUACCAGACUACCUCCCCCCCACAAAACCGUACCAUCUCUCCGAGCUGGUCCACGACCUUCUCGAGUAUUCCUCCGCGUUGCUCACACCCGGAGGACGGCUUGUUUUCUGGCUUCCUACUAUGAACGAAGAUAACGCAGAAACUACGAUACCCAAGCAUCCUCACUUUGUGCUCAUCGCGCACAGCUUGCAAGAUUUCGGCCGUUGGGGCCGCCGGCUAAUUACGCUUGAAAAGGUGCGCAACGCGCCCAUCGCAUCGAUCCCACAGGCUCCCGCUGCGGUCGAAGGGCGCGUACGAGCGAGCGAUAAUCCUUCCGAGUUUCGCAAUCGCCUCUUUCAGCGCCGCGACGCACGCUCAUAG